CCACUAAUAUUCUGUUCUGUGCGUGGCCAGAGGCUGGGUGGCUGUGUAUGAGCAGGUCCCGGCUCAUGUGUAGAAGAGGGUAGGAGGGUGACGAUAAAUAAGGGAAUGUCCGCUUCAGUGUGGUGUGGAGCACCUUUAAGGAGAGAAAACAGGAAGGGGCCUAGCUCAGCCUGGGGUGGGGAUCAGGGGAGCUUCGUAAAGGUGCUGCAAGGGCUGAAUCUUGAAAGAUCAGUUGGAUGUCUCUGGCUAAGAAUUUUGGAACCACAGCAGCCAGGUCAUGAGGAGGGGCCAGCUUGGUGGGGGAGGGCCUAGAGGACCAAGUGGACAUAAACACCAUGCACGUGACCCGGAGUCGCUGGGAGAGGGGAUGGCCCUCUCAUGGAAGGCUGAGUCUGCAGGGGGUGCUCCCAGAGGGAGGCCCAGGUCCUGAGACGUGGAGGCAGGGCUCCCAGUGUGCACAGACAGAGCAAAGGUGCACAGGGUUUCCUCGGCUCUGAUUGGCCUGCAGCCCAGACCCAGGAGAGACCUGGAGAAAGGAGAUGCUCAGAAGAGCCAGCCCACCUGAAAGGCAGCAGUCACAGUGGCAGUGAGGCUGCGGUGAGGCUGUGGUCGGUAGCACAGGAUGCCCCAGGCCUUGGAGCGGGCAGACGGCGGCUGGGCCUGGGUGGUACUGCUGGCCGCAGUGGUGACCCAGGGCCUCACCCUGGGCUUCCCCACAUGCAUUGGCGUCUUCUUCACGGAACUGCAGCAUGACUUCCAGGCCAGCAACAGCGAGACCUCCUGGUUCCCCUCCGUGCAGAUAGCUGUGCUUCACGCUGGCGGGCCCCUGUGCAGCGUCCUGGUGGAGCGCUUUGGCUGCCGAGUGACCGCGAUGCUGGGGGGCGUGCUGGCCAGCCUGGGCAUGGUGGCCGGCUCCUUCUCCCGCACCCUCAGCCAGCUCUACCUCACGGCAGGAUUCAUCACAGGCCUGGGCAUGUGCUUCAGCUUCCAGUCCAACAUAACGGUGAUGGGACUCUACUUCAUCCGCCGGCGGGCGCUGGCCAACGCACUGGCCUCAGUGGGCGUCUCCCUCGGCAUCACACUCUGGCCGCUGCUGUCUCUCUACCUGCUCGAGGACCUGGGCUGGAGAGGAGCCUUCCUUGUCUUCGGCGGGGUCCUUCUCCACUGCUGCGUCUGUGGGGCCAUCCUGAGGCCUGUGGCCACUAACAGGGCCCUUGAGACCAGAGAAGUUCCCCUUCCUCCUCCCAAGACGCCUGCCCUGAGCUGUCUGGCAGUAUGUGGCCGCACCAUCCAGCGCCACCUGGCCUUCGACAUCCUGCGGCACAACGUGCGCUACUGCGUCUUCACGCUGGGUGUGACAUGGAUGAUCGUGGGCUUCCCGCUGCCACAUGUCUUCCUGGUGCCAUACGCCAUGUGGCAUGGUGUGGAUGAGGAGCGGGCAGCCCUGCUCAUCUCCAUCAUUGGCCUUAGCAACAUCUUCCUGCGGCCCCUGGCCGGGCUGGUGGCGAGCCAGCGGGCCUUUGCCAGCCAUCGCAAAUACCUGUUCUGCCUGGCAGCCCUGCUCAACGGGCUCACCAACCUGGUGUGCACAGUGUCAGCCGACUUCCGGGUGCUAGUGGGCUACUGCCUGGUGUACAGCGUGUCCAUGAGUGGCAUUGGUGCCCUCAUGUUCCAGGUCCUCAUGGACCUUGUCCCCAUGGAUCGAUUCCCCAGCGCCUUGGGCCUCUUCGCCACCAUGGAAGGCAUCGCUGUCCUCAUCUCCCCGCCGCUGGCUGGGUUCCUCCUGGACACCACCAACAACUUCAGCUACAUUUUCUACAUGUCAAGCUUCUUCCUCAUUUCAGCUGCCCUCUUCAUGGCUGGCAGCUUCUACUUCUUGCAGAAGAAGGAGCAGCAAGGCAGGCAGGCUAAGGAGGAAGGAGCCGGAGUGGAGGCUGUCCCAGAGUGGGGUCAUACCUUGGAAGGCCAAGACGGUCCCAAGAAGCAGCUGUACCCUGAGAUCAUAUAUGUGACCAGCGUCUGAGCUCAGAGGUCAGUGAGUGACCACAGUCUCAGCCCAGGAGUGGGACCUCCAGCUGCUUCACCAGGGGCUGGGGUGAAGGGUGGCCUCAGGAAGCCUGGAUCUUAGGCUGUCCAGGCUCUACAAGUUGGGACUCAGCUAGGAGCUGGGACUAUGGAGGCAGCCUCUAAACACUCAGGGUUCCUCCAGCCAGCAGAAUCCAGGAGCAGCCCUCCCUACUGUUCUCAGACAGCAAGGGACCCUGGAACCUUGGUGGGGAAGGUUAAUGCUGGGGUCGGGGGAAGCCAGACAUUUGACUGACCAGGUCAGGAAGGCUUGCUAGGCAGCCUGAAGACUGCUGUGGAAUGAGGCUGCUUCUGUGACAAAAGCCCAUCUGCUCCCCUUCCUGUCCUCCUGAGGUCCCCCUUCUCCCUGCCCUGUUAGAGGUGUCAGCCCUGGGGUAAGUUGCAGGCUAUGCCAGCUGCCAGUCCAGUCUGCUUCCUGUUGGGCCGACACUGGGGCCUGGAGGUCAGAGCUCCCCCAAUACCGGUCAUCACCCAAGGACUGGCUGUCAUCAGCCCAGGCCUGUCCCAGCAGGGUACCAAGGGAAUGGGAAAACAGAGUGUGUUUGAAUUAAACACAAAAAUGUUCCCUGCAGCAGGUCAUAAACUCUGUGAACUAAUAAACUUGGGAAACAGG